CUCCACAAAACCCCAAGUCCACCCCCCUCUUUGCUUGAAGAAGGGGUGAAAAAUUAAUAAGUUAUUGCAAAUAAGUCCAUCUAUCAAUCUCUCCUCUUCAAUUUACACCUGCAUCUUCAUAAUUCGGAGCUUAGUCGUCAAUGGCGGACUCAGUUUCGGAUCCCAAAGAGGCCCCAAAUGAAGCGGAGAAGACGGCGGUGGAGCCCAUAAGGAUGCCGACGAUGGAAGAGAUCCGAGGCCAAGACAUUUGGAACAAUUGCGCUGUUAGAAGCGUCGUUAGUGGAGUCAUGGGAGGUGGACUUGGUUUGUUUAUGGGUCUAUUUCUUGGGGCUCUGGAUAAUCCUUUGAUGCAAGAGGAAAUGAGUGCAAAGCAGCAAUUUAUAUACACUGCAAAGCAGAUGGGAAGAAGAAGCUGGGGUUCUGCCAAGGCUUUUGCAAUUAUGGGCCUCACAUUCUCAGCUGCUGAAUGCAUUGUCGAGAAGGCACGUGCAAAACAUGAUAUGACAAAUACAUUUGUUGCUGGUUGUGUCACAGGAGGAGCUAUGUCCGCUAGAGGAAGCUUUCAAGACAAGAUCUUGGGAUUUUGAUGGAUAUUUUGGAAUAUCGAUUGAGGUGGCCCGAAGGCUGCAUGUGUCGGAUGCGCUGGCUUUGCUACAUUCUCAGUUCUAAUUGAGAAGUUCUUAGAUAGACAUACCUAAUAGAUCAAUGACUCUCAAAUUGAUUCAUGUACAACAGAGGUAAAGUAUCAGUUUGAACCCUCUUUGCGCAAAGCAGCCUAUGAACGUUAUAAGUUGCUGUGUAAUUUUAGUUUGUGUAACCGAGAUUAAUAAUAGUGCAGGUUUUUUUUUUGUUUAAAUUAGCUUAAAUACCUAGUUUUCUUAUUAAUGACGCCUUGUGUUACUGUAUUCUAAUAUCUAAUAAUUUUACCCUUUUU